AUGCGUUUCACUGCUGCUGCCUCUCUGCUCGCAUUCGCGGCUACAGUCCUGGCUGACCCAUGGAAGAACCUCGGAGGCGACUUGGCCUAUAUUGGCCCCGCAUACAAUGCCACCUUCAAGGUCGGAGAUACCAUCCCAUUAGAAUACACGUUCUACACCGUCAAGAUGGCCAGCGGCACUGCCCCCAUCAACGGCACUGUCUCCACCAACGGCACUGUCUCCCCACCAGUUAAUACCGGCACAGCUACUCUCACUUCGUUAGCCUGGGUUGGGGAGACCGGCAACAAAACCCUUGAGGUGGCAUUCGACAAUGGCCGUACAGGUGGUCUUGCUUCAUCCUGUUUGCCGACCGAUGCAUGCACGGGCACGUACUAUCCCAAGCGUAUCGACCUUGUCAUCCCCUCCGGUGUCUAUCCCAGCAAUUACACUAUUGUUCUCGGAUACACAUUGUCGUUGGCCGGUAACAGGACACUCCUCUACAAGCAGCCCGUUAACAUUGUCGCUGCCACUGCUAAUGUGACCUCGCCUACUGCCACGAUCGCCAAUGCGCCUGCUGUCCAGGUCACCCUGCCCGUGUAUGCUCCUAAGAAUAGCGGAUUGACCACCCAGGUCCCCAAGGUCAUUGUGGGCAUGACUGUCUUGGUCGCGUCUGCCCUCUUGAUGUUGUAG